CUUUUGCAGACGUGUACGCAUAAGUGAAAUCGUUUAGCUUGCAGAAGAACGUACAUUCCAAAAGUUUGCCUAGGAAACUGGGAAAUUAAAUAAAUUCGACGCAUUUAUAAAGAAUUUUAAUCUUCAACAUGGACAAUGCCGUGCAACUACAACCUGGCUUCAUGCAACAGCAAAGCACCAACAACACAACUGUUGUGAUACAGCAGCAACCUCAGCAAGUUGUCAUUCAAGGUCCACGUGAUUGGAGCACUGGAUUAUGUAGUUGUUUUGAUGAUCUUGCAGGAUGUUUAAUUGGGUUUCUUUGCCCAUAUAUUCACUGGUGCAUCGUUAGUAGCAAGGCUGGUGAAUGUUGUUGUGCUGGAUGUUGCUGUCCAGUUGGUUUGAGAGCCAAGAUCAGAACAAGGCAUAAUAUUGCAGGAAGUCUUCUUGAAGACUGCUGUGUCAUAUGUUGCUGUUGGCCUCUUGCAAUGUGUCAAAUGGAACGUGAAAUAAACAACAACGGCAUUUAGAUUUUGAAGAACUUUUAACUUUUAAAGUGAUUCAAUGUGUUGUAACAACUUUUCUAGAUAGCAUUUGCAGCCUGAGACUUUGUACUCGUACGUCUUUAUUUUGUUUAUAAUGAUAAUCGUAUAAUCAAUAAUUCGUUCCACAA